AUGUCAGACAUAGGAUCAGACGAAUUUGAGGAAGACGAAGGCAUUAAUCUUGGGGUAAGGCCAUUCGCAUUCGCUUUAUUCAUUUUAUGCUGUCGAAAUGGCAAAGCAAACUGUCAAAUGUCAAUAUUAUUGAGAAUCAUUGUGAAUCCGUCGCUUUUUAUACGGCAAGCCUUGUAACUUAAACCUUACGUUCUUUGUUCAACUUUCUUUCUGUCCUUUCAAAACCGGCAUGAGCUACUCUGUUCGAACUGAUUUUUUUUCGUUCGCCGGUUUAGAAAAGAACUUUAACAAGAAUAAGCACUCAAUGAAUUGAAUGUUUGAUGACCCAUAAGAUUGUUUGAAAUCGUGAAUUAUUUGUCGCUACUUUAGCCUGGCAUAAAAAGGUUGGAGAAAGUAUCCGUAACAAUCUCGUAUCUGUAUAGAUGAAGAGAAUUAAAAGGAGAUUAGUGAUCGCUCACCGGAAUAAUUGGUUUAUUGGAGGCAAAAAGACUAGCUACCGAAGAAAAUAACAAACUGACAAGUCUUCUUAUAUAUGAAUAUUAACAAGGCUGCAAAGCACGUGAAGUAUCCUUUGGCCGACGACAAUUAUGAAAUACUGAAUGUCUUGUGUUUUCCGCGAGCGUCAUGAGAUAAUGAGCAUUAUGACAUCCAGUAGAAAAUGCGUCCAUUAAAUAGUCUUUUGGUCAUAAUUCACUGCAAACUAUGCCAUAAGAAUGAAAACUGAAAAUUGUAAAAACAUUUAGAAUGAGUUUUAUCUAACACUUAUCCCACUUUCGCCUGUUGGAUCUCAGAUGGCUCUAAGUCCCACGGAGGGACGUCGAUUUUUUCUUACAACCACAGUCGUUGAAUAACCUUUCUUUAGUGUCCAUCUUAAAGAAAUUGAAGAAAUUGUGGUACAAGUUUUAAGGGGGGCAGUGUGUUUGUUUAUUGGGGAAAUGAGAACGAGAGAAUUAAUUUAGAAAAAGGUAUUCACAUAUGCACAUACACCAGCUGGUCCACUACCUACUCCCUUCAUGUUUUAUAUUUCAGCUACACCCAAAUCCAAUAAUUUUCCAUUAUUUUAAAUAUACCUAUUCAGUGAAAGCAUUCAAAAAAUCAUCCUAAAAUUUGAAACAUUUAUUGAACCAAGGUUCCGAACCCCACUGAGCCCUUUGUUUUGAUUGAAUGACACUUGUUGGUUAGGUCCUGUUCAUUAAAGAAAAAAAAGCGAAAAAAAAACGAAAAACUGAACAAGACUCGUAAUCCUUUGUAACCAGACUUCUCUCGUAAUGAAAUUGGUUGUUAUGUACGGUGAUGUUAAAGUAUCGUCCACAAACAAAGUUUUAGUUACUGUGGAAGGUAUAGUCUGUAGUACUUGUUGUCACAACUUCUCCCCAGUUGCUAGGAGCAGAAUCCAAGACUGAGCGGGCUACAGUCAGUCUAAUAGUAGGAAGGAAAACCAUGAGAUCUGCAAUGCUCAUGCACAAUUAUACUCAAAAGCCAACUGCGACCAACACCUUAUUGUUUUCUUACCUAAAAGCAGAGCUCUAAAAAUCAGCUAGCCUUUUUCUGAGUUACCUCCAAUGGAAAACGCAAGUGCAGAAAAUGUAUCACCGAAUAGAAGGCCUGAGGAUCUCCUUGGCCUAUAACUCUCCGCUUGCUCUCUCCGCUAGUUCUGUAAAAUGUGAUUUACAUUGUACCAUACUUGUCUCAGAUAUGCCUUGAGCCCAGGACAUGGGAAAGUCACAAAAGAAUGAGAGUUAACUGUGCAAACUUUGAGAAUGUAGGCGAGGACAGCAAGAAAGAGUUAGCUGCCUUUCAGGAGUUUGGGCCUGAAUUGUAAAUUUGAAGCACAUUAUUCGGGACUGAAAUGUUUCAGUAAAAAAGUUCGUAAAUCGAUGUUUGAGAGAUUCUAGAGUGGAGGACUAAAGGUCUCCGACCAGCUGUCGCCUGUCAGUCUUAGUUCCAACCGCGUUUAGGGUUUUUUUAAGUUUUGUUAUAAAAAAACCUAUACUAGAAAAUAUGGAUAAAUUUGUUUCUAAAAACAUUUUGCCCUAAAAGAUAUUUCGCCACUUUAGAAACGAGAAGGAACUGGAGCCGAAACGCGUUCUGCAAUUGUUUCUGGGAUCGUUAAUAGGGACGUGCUGGGCAGCUAUUGGACAAUUUUUUUCCCUAGCCCUAGUAACAGUCCCAGAAGUCUUAGCGAAAGUUGACUCGAACCAGUUUCCUUCUGGUCUCUGAAAUGUCGAGUCGCGCCCUCACUGGUCUGAUGAGGCCCAAGUACGCUACACUCCAGCUCACGCUCGGUCCAGACUUUUCGUUUGAAACAGCACGCAUUGGGAUAAAUAAUGAAAUAAUAAGACUCUUUUCCAGUCUAAUAAUUUCUUGGAUUUCAGUAUGAUGUGAUCACCGACUACGAUUUUGGGCACACAAUUUUUUCUGCUUCCUGAAGUAUGUGAUUAUGGAAGAGAAAAAGGGGGAGUCUAGGACUUUCAAAUGGUUUUGGGUGUGCCAUCGCCUUAAUUGGUUUUUUAGUUAUCUUAAACAGGAGCUAUGGGCUCCUGUCUUAAAUCGUUCAAUGAGGUGAGUGCUUUUUUUAAUGUCAUUUUUAUCUUCUCUGUAGGAGUAUGAAGGUGAACGAAAUGAAAACGAAGAACGUCACGGCUACGGCAAAGCAACUCUUCCAAACGGUGACACCUACGAAGGGCAGUACGAACACGGCAAACGCCACGGUAACGGCACCUACCGCUUCAAAAACGGCGCCAAAUACAUGGGUGAAUAUGCCAAGGGCAGAAAGCACGGCCAAGGCACGUUUUGGUACCCAGAUGGCUCGCGUUAUGAGGGUGGCUGGGUGGAAGACCGCAGAAACGGCCACGGAAUUUACUACUACUUAAAUGGAGACACUUAUGAGGGAGACUGGUACGAGCAUCAGAGACAUGGCCAGGGUGUGUACACGUAUUCGGCAACUGGAACCAAGUACACGGGAUCAUGGGUACACGGCAAGCGAGACGGAGCGGGAGAGCUGGUCCACUCCAAUCAUAGAUACGUCGGUAACUUUGUGGAUGAUAACCUCCAAGGAGCCGGUAAAUAUCGCUUUGAUAUCGGCUGUGAACAGCAUGGGGAGUAUAUAUUGGAAGAGAGGAUUCAGGAAGGCGACACAGAGGAAGACGAACAACUCACCGUGUUGACAGCCAAGUGGAAGUGCUCACAGAUAACCGAGAUAGAGCCGGCGAAAAUAGGCUGA